GGAAGAGGAAAAACGACAGCUUCGGAUCGUCGUCGACUUGCCUUGCGUGACAACAUAAGGAUCGCGUCCAGGCCACGGGUUGCCCCCAUUUCACCUGCAACAUGUCCGACUUACUGAGAUAUAUCGACUAUGACCACAAAGCCACCUUUUUAAAGAUGCUCAACCAACAGAGGAUGGAAGGUGAGCAUUGUGACGUGGUGGUGGUGGUUGAAAAUAUCGAGUUUAGGGCUCACCGCUGCGUCUUGGCGGCGUGCAGCAACUAUUUCAAAAAGCUCUUCAAGAAACAGAGCGACGAGGACAACUCCAUCGUGGAGUUGGACUUCAUCCGCUCCGACAUCUUCGAAGAAGUGCUCAACUACAUGUACACAGCCAGGCUCGCCGUGAGGAAGAAGGACAUCAACAUGAUGAUGUCGUCCGGCCAAAUCCUGGGCAUCAACUUCCUGGACAAUUUGUGCACCCAGAAACGUGAGCUGACCAACAUGAAGACCCGGGAGAACCAGGCCCCGGGGGACCACGGGAUGAGGGCCCAAGACGCCAUUCUCAAGGAGCUGGCCAUGGAGGAAGUGAGGAAGAACAGUUUCUAUGACCAGGGUAUGGACGGCAUGGGACCGGGGGGUUCCCACGUCUCCCAACCCCACAACUACAGCACCAACAUGGGUAAGGAUCCCCACAGCCACGGAUGGGGCACCUCCUCCUCCAGCGACAUGAAGCUGGAGUACCUGCUAUAUGGCCACCGUGACCACGGCUCCUGCCAGGGACCCGGGACCAAGCCCAUGGACCACAAUGCCAAAAAGGAGAGGCUCCUCACCGCUAACCGGCCCUACGCCUGCGAGCACUGCCCCAAAGCCUUCACCACCGCCGCCCACCUAAAGGAGCACCUGAAGAUCCACUCUGGCUUCAAGCCGCAUCGCUGUGUGGUGUGCGGAAAGGCUUUCAUCAGAGGCCCCGACCUGAAGAGGCAUGAGAGGGUCCACAGCAACGAGAGGCCCUUUGGAUGCCAAAUUUGUGAAAAGGCAUUCAAGCACAAGUCCCACCUGAAAGACCAUGAGCGGCAGCACCGGGGCGAGCGGCCUUUCAACUGCGGCUCCUGCGACAAAGCCUUCAUCAAAGCGUCGGAUCUGAAGCGCCACUGGAACACCAUGCACAGCGGCAACCCACGCAGACAGAUGUCACUGUCCCCGGCUGCCUCUCAACAGGGCCAAGGAGAGACCACUGACCAGAGAGACUGGAAAAUGGAGACCGGCCCACACUCGCAUAAUUCGGGGGACUGUUGAGCCUGUGAGCGCACUUAAAACCGUUAACACACAACUGACAUGUCAAACACACACUGGCACAGCAUAACACACACACACACACACACAACACACACACUAUGAGAUAAACCAAUGUACACACAAACAUAUAUAUAUAUAUAUAUAUUAUAUAUACAUACACACACACACAAACUACGACCCUGUGAUAGGCUGUGUGGCCUUGAAUCACAUGGACAAUUAUCGGAGUGAGUAAAAAGAGAUCAUAGCAUGUUCAUAAGACUGUGGGGCUGUAUUAUUAUUCUAAGAGUUAUGUCGAAGCAAUGUUCUUUUUUUUCCGCCUGUAAAAUCAUGUAAAUGUUUAGUUCACUCUACUAUACGUAUAUUUUUCACAAAGCAUUGUUGCUAUGUAGACUGGGGGUCCCUCAUAACAUUAUUCUCUUUUACUUUUAUGGGAUAUGUAACAUUUAAAUGUUUCGUUUAACCUUUAAUGCAUUUUGAGAAGAUGAGAGAUACAACAAAAAAAAAAGAAGAUUUUUCUGCAUAACAUUUGUUGCGUUGAGUAUAUUCAUGUGGAUGUUUUUAAUGGAUGUGUUUAGUUGUAUUGAUUGGUAUUACACUGUAAGAGAUCACCAUUUUUGCAUUUGACACAGAUGAUACCAAAGUCUUGGGCCUCUAACGGAUUGUCUUGAAUAGGCUGUCCUGCCCAAGCAACCGGCCAACUAGAUUUACUGUUAUACAGUAUACCUGUCAUCCAGCUAUCAACAGUUAAUGAUAGAUGUCUGUAUAUACUGUAGCUUAGUUUGUUGCACAAUUAGAAUACACAAUAAUGAAAUAUGCACAUAUAACAUUGUCCUACUCCUACACUUUGACAAUAAACACCAUUUGCU